AUGGAGAUUGACACUAUCAUCGUCGGCAAUGGGCCGUCGGCCAUGAUCCUUUCAUACAUCCUCCAUGGACAUAUCCCUUUCUACUCAUCUAACCCUCCACAUCCCGAUCAUCUAUUGGACGCCAAGUUGAAAGCUGCGCCAGAGAUUUUGAAUGCCGAUGUGAAUGCUCUUACAGCGCACUUUGACGCCUCGCGCCUAUCAUACUCGACUCAGGCCCUUCCUGUGAACGUCUUACUGGACACACUUGUACGGCCGAGUGUGGAUGUGGACGAGCCCGGCUGUAUCUCAAACAUUGAUUGGCGCUCACAGCCUGAGAAGGCUGUCUCACAUGCUGUUUUUGGAAAAUCCUUGAAGCCCGGAGGCCAGUGGACUGAAGAUCCAUGGGGUGCAAGUUGGGAUAUCCAGACAUUGAGUUAUGCGGCAAUGCUGUCCUUGCCCGGUUACUCCUUUGCCGACCAUCAUAAAAAGACCACGGGCAAGGACCUACCAUCGUACACAAGGCCCACGCGGCGCGACAUCGCCGAUUAUUUUGCUGCUUAUCCGGAGGCUGCGCAUAUCAAUGAUGCGUUUCGGUGUGGAGAAGAAUUGGAGGGCAUUUCCCGCACCGCUACUGGAUUUUAUGUUCGUUCUCAUAACCUCCACUGCAAGCGCUUAGUCCUAGCAAGUGGAAUCUUUUCCGAGAUCCUCUCACCAGAGCCGGUAUUACGUCCAUUACUUGAGACCAAGUCCUCGCCUAAUGUCCCGCUACUCGUCGUUGGAUCUGGCUUCUCCGCUGCGGAUUCCAUCAUCUCCGCCUCCCCUAACCAAAAGAUUUUGCACGUAUACAAAUGGUCUCCGAAUGACCGCCCAUCACCGCUUCGGGCCUGCCAUCAGCAAGCGUAUCCAGAAUAUGCUGGUGUCUACCGUCUUAUGAAACGAGCUGCUCUCACAGCCGAAGCUGCUGGUAAAGAUCAGCGGCCAAAGUAUCGACGCGCGACUUCAACACCAUUCCUUGAAAGCCGGAAUUGGGAAGACCUCUAUAAAGGUCUCCCUAAUGUUGAAGUGACAGCCGUGAAAGUCCACGGCAAGCUGGCCACGGUCACAUUCCGCCGCCAAGAUGGAACUGUUUCUUCUCAGACCGUGGGCGGCCUUGUAUAUGCUGCCGGCCGGCGAGGCACGCUAGAUUACCUUGAUCGCGAGCUCCGCUGUGAAGUGUUGGGGCAGGACAAUCAAGAGGAUCCAGCGGUCACCGGCCAGACCCUCCGUGCGAAAGCACUCGAUGACCUCGAGGUCGCACCGGGAAUUUAUAUCAUCGGCAGCCUGACUGGAGAUUCUCUGGUCAGAUUCUCCUACGGCGGGUGUGUCUACACUGCUAGGCAUCUGAUAGAUGGCGAGCGGGACACCCGCAGUGACUAUAGUAGUUAUGCGCCAUCUGCUAAACUACAUGGGUCUUCGCUUUCCGUGAUGAACGGCAUGGAUGGUCACCAUGUCUACCCAAAUGGCAAUGCAUCGGACCUGACUCGUGAAGAUACCUUCAGCAAAAUGUCAACAGUCACAAACCAGUCUGCUGUACGUGGUUGGUGGAGGACAUUCUCCCGCAUGUGGAAUGAUCUUACACGAUGA